AUGUUGAUCAAGGAAAGUCACGCCGACGUGCAGACCACCGUCAAUGGCGUCGAUUCCACUAUGAUCACCGGUCCUGUGGCACGUUUCGCUCGGCAAAUCGCUGGCCAGGGGUACAUCGUGGCGGCCCCAAGCAGCUAUCACGACUUCACAGGGCCUGAGCCUCUGGCCUACGAUGUUCCUGGAACGGACCAAGGCAAUGAAUGGAAAAUCAAGAAGACACUUGAGUCGUACGACGAGGACUCUCACAAGUCGGUAGACUACCUCCUCAGUCUUCCUACCUGCACUGGCUUGAUCGGGGCCACAGGAAUGUGCCUAGGGGGGCAUCUUGCACUCAGGGCUAGUUUGGACCCUCGCAUCUCAGCUUGUGUUGCAUACUUUGCCACCGAUGUCCACUCACGGACCCUGGGUCCUUACGACAGCGCCAACACAGCAUAUGAUGCCCCAGCCAACUCGAAUCAUACAAUCGACCAUCUCUCAAAGCUCAAGGCCGAAGUUGCCAUGAUCUUCGGUAUCAAGGAUACGCACGUGCCUGAUGCAGGUCGAGACUUGAUCCGACAGAAGCUGCGCGAGGCUGGUGCCGUGUUCAGUUUCUAUGAGUUCGCGUGGGCGCAACACGCCUUUAUUCGCGAUGAACUCAGUAAAGGUCGCUACGACCCGGCAAUAACCAAGGUCUGCUUUGAAGUUUUGCUCGAGCUUUUUGGCCGUGUACUCAAGACAGACUUGGGGCCGCGGGAUGGAACUGAGCAAAAGGUUGAACACGUCUGCUGA